UGUGUAGGGUGCGGGUGAGGCGCGUGCAAGGGGCCGCGGGCGGGGCGGGCGCGGCGGCGACAGCGGCGCCCGCGCCUCUGCGCGCGUAGGUGUGCGGCGCGCUCCUGGCGGGGACAGAGCGAGCAGAUCUCGCGUGCGCUCGCCGCCCGGCGCAGCCCAGCCCGGCCCCCGCCCGGCGCCGCGAGCCGAGGUGUCUCCCGCGCCCGCGCCCGUGUCGCCGCCGUGCCCGCGAGCGGGAGCCGGAGUCGCCGCCGCCCGAGCGCAGCCGAGCGCACGCCGAGUCCGAUCGCCGCCGCCAUGGCCACCACGGUGACCUGCACCCGUUUCACCGACGAGUACCAGCUGUACGAAGAUAUUGGCAAGGGGGCUUUCUCUGUGGUCCGACGCUGUGUCAAGCUCUGUACCGGCCAUGAAUAUGCAGCCAAGAUCAUUAAUACCAAGAAGCUGUCAGCCAGAGAUCACCAGAAACUGGAGAGAGAGGCUCGGAUCUGCCGCCUGCUGAAGCAUUCCAACAUUGUCCGUCUCCAUGACAGCAUCUCUGAAGAAGGCUUCCACUACCUGGUCUUUGAUCUGGUCACUGGUGGGGAACUCUUUGAGGACAUCGUGGCACGAGAGUACUACAGUGAAGCAGAUGCCAGUCACUGCAUCCAGCAGAUCCUGGAGGCUGUUCUCCAUUGUCACCAAAUGGGGGUCGUCCACAGAGACCUCAAGCCUGAGAACCUGCUUCUGGCCAGCAAAUGCAAAGGGGCCGCAGUGAAACUGGCAGACUUCGGCCUGGCCAUCGAGGUGCAGGGAGACCAGCAGGCGUGGUUUGGAUUUGCGGGAACGCCGGGCUACCUGUCCCCUGAGGUCCUUCGGAAGGAGGCGUACGGCAAGCCUGUGGACAUCUGGGCAUGUGGGGUGAUCCUGUACAUCCUGUUGGUGGGCUACCCCCCUUUCUGGGAUGAGGACCAGCACAAGCUAUACCAGCAGAUCAAGGCUGGGGCCUAUGACUUCCCAUCCCCUGAGUGGGACACCGUCACUCCUGAAGCCAAAAACCUCAUCAACCAGAUGUUGACCAUCAACCCUGCCAAACGCAUCACGGCCCACGAGGCCCUGAAGCAUCCAUGGGUCUGCCAACGCUCCACGGUGGCCUCUAUGAUGCACAGACAGGAGACUGUGGAAUGCCUGAAGAAGUUCAAUGCCAGGAGGAAGCUCAAGGGAGCCAUCCUCACCACUAUGUUGGCCACACGGAAUUUCUCAGUGGGCAGACAGACCACCGCUCCGGCCACAAUGUCCACCGCGGCCUCCGGCACCACCAUGGGGCUGGUGGAACAAGCCAAGAGUUUACUCAACAAGAAAGCAGAUGGAGUCAAGCCACAGACAAACAGCACCAAAAACAGCUCGGCCAUCACCAGUCCCAAAGGAUCCCUCCCUCCUGCCGCCCUGGAGCCUCAAACCACCGUUAUCCAUAACCCAGUGGACGGGAUUAAGGAGUCUUCCGACAGCACCAACACAACCAUAGAGGAUGAAGAUGCCAAAGCCCGGAAGCAGGAAAUCAUCAAGACCACAGAACAGCUCAUUGAGGCGGUCAACAAUGGCGACUUUGAGGCCUAUGCGAAAAUCUGUGACCCAGGCCUGACCUCAUUUGAGCCUGAAGCUCUGGGCAACCUAGUCGAAGGGAUGGAUUUCCACAGAUUCUACUUUGAGAACCUGCUGGCCAAGAACAGCAAGCCGAUCCACACCACCAUCUUGAACCCGCAUGUGCACGUCAUUGGUGAGGAUGCAGCCUGCAUCGCCUACAUCCGCCUCACACAGUACAUCGAUGGCCAGGGCCGGCCCCGUACCAGCCAGUCUGAGGAGACCCGUGUGUGGCACCGCCGUGAUGGCAAGUGGCAGAACGUACAUUUCCACUGCUCGGGCGCUCCAGUGGCCCCACUGCAGUGAGAGCUGCGCCUGGUUUCACCGGACAGAGUUGGUGUUUGGAGCCCAGUCGCCCUCGGGCGCACGGCCUGCCUGUCGCAUGUUUGUGUCUGCCUCGUCCCCUCCCCUGGUGCCUGUGUCUGCAGAAAAACAAGACCAGAUGUGAUUUGUUUUUAAAAAUAAGAUGAUGACAACGACAACCACACGCAAAAAAAAGGAAAAAAAAAAAAGAAAAAAAAAGAAAAAAAGAAAAAAAAUUGGCAUCGGAUGAAAUGGAAAAAAAAAAACGAAAGAAAGGAAAAAGCUGUAAAAAUCUGGCAUUUGUGGGGCCACCCCCACCCAAGCUCCACAUGUGUCUGUUGCGCUCCUGGCUUUGGGGACCCUCAGGGCGUGAAUGUGCCCGUGCUGACCGUGUUAGUCUGUAGGUACCGCACUCACCCCACCUUGGGCGUCUGCAUCCUUCCUCCCAUGCAUGGGCCCCACAUGCUAACCUGGCUGUCCUGGUGUCAGGUGUCUUGGGAAGGGCUGGGGGCUGCCUCCUUUCCUGCUAGUUGUGCCUGAGAGUCGCUGCUGUCCCUGCUUUCCCUACCGUCCCUCAUCCUGUGCAGGGCUGGGUGGGUGCUCUUCUAAGCCAAGGAGUUUGCCCCAUGGAGUGCCUGGCAAGGGUUGGUUGAGAAGGCACCUAGCUCUGAAGAGAGGACUGGCCAGAGGAUGGCCUCCUUCCUGUUUGGGGCACUUGUCCCUUCCCUGCCACCAGCAGCAGAGCAACAGUGACCCACCCCUGGCCUGGACAGACCCUCCAAGGACUGAGAACCUGAAAUACUGGACGAAUGCUGGGAGUAGGCCUUACUGUAUCUGGGAUGUUUUGCUCACUGAGCUUGGGGUCUGGGUGCUCGAGUCUUGGUCGAAUGAUGCAGAGUGUGGUAAAGAAGGGCCAGAUGAUGGGUUUUAGGCUCCGGGCAAUGCAGGGCCACACAGGUGUUUGGUGAAGUAGGAAUGCCCUCCUAACCUGGGCCUGGAGCGGAAGUCAGAACAUGAGCCAGCCAGGGGCACAUGGAAGGACAAAACUGGUUAGGACUGUCGUGCGAGGCCUUCCCGGUGGGCCAGAAGCAGCCCAGAGAGAAGGCAGGCUGGAGGUAGGGCCUGGACAGCAGUGGGUGGAGGGAGGGUCCAUUAGGACGGUGUGCCACCUUCUGGGCCUGGUGGUGCUCCUAGGUACCGACUGCUUAUUGUGGGUGACCCUGGCCCUUGGUGAGAGAGGGAGUCACGAAGAGGCUGGCAACAUUGCAAAGUCAGGCUAGGGAGAGCGGUGUGAAGCAGGUUUGGGUGGGGGUGGUCGGGAGCUUUGAUUGCAGAAGUCCAAGGGCCUCCACCCAGUGCUGCCCACUUUAAAUUCACAUCAUUUUCAACCAGGAUUUUCUUUAUCUUCUACAAAUCAAGCCAGGGGAGGGGCAUGAAGUGGGAACGGGACACAGGAUCCUAAACUCCAAGGGGACUGUCCACCUACAGACACUCAGUGGAUACCACCUUUCAUCCACACUGUGCCCAGGACAGCUGUCUCCUACCCAUGGACACAGGGUAAACAUCUGCCAGGCUCCACUUGAGUGGCCCAAGGCCAUGGAGUGGCAGGGCUUGCCACGAACAGUGUGAGGCCCUGUGACCAGCCACCCUGGCAUCCUGGGGUCUCCUUCCCUCUCCCCACCCUCCUUGUUAUCUCCACAAAGCUGCCUGUCUGGGAUAAUUUGGGGAUUUUUUUUUCUGGGGGACAAUUCUUUUGCAUGACCCUUUAAAGAGCAGGUCACUCCUGCUCCGCUGGCUAGGUGUUCGCGGGUGGUGGCGUCGGCCGCUGGCCAGUGCUGCAGCGUGUCGCUGCCUGCAGUACUGGCAGCCCCUCCCUCUUCUCUUUUUGCUGAGUUCCAUUGUCAUUUCUUUCUGAGCCUUGUAGGUGUACAAAACUUAUUAUUUUGUUCUGUCUCGGGAAACUGCAAAUAAAAAAAAAAAGGACAACUUG